AUGAGCCAGGAGGUGCGUGCAAUGCGGCGGUUGCAGCAGCAGCUGCAGCUGCGCGGAGUGACGGUGGAUCGCGCGGCGCUGCAGAGCGUGGUGGAGUACGUGCUGGAGGCGGGGUGCAGCGAGCAACAGGCCGUCGACGACCUGCUCCGCGGCAUCACCGCGCUCGAACGUACGCCGCUUAUGGGCGUGCAGGUGGUGUCGCGCGACGUGGUCCGCCAGGUCCUUCUGCAGCCCCUCCGCGCGCGCUCCCGCGCACCCCCCGCUGAUGCGGGGGGAACUGCAGGCGGAAGCAGCCGCGGCGAGCACGCAGGGGGGGGCGCGCGGCCAGAUGCGCUGGGGGGCGUGGGGCGAAACGGGGGAGCGGGGGAGGUGAUGGAGGGGGGGCGGGGGGAGGCUGUGGAGGGGUGGAUGCGCGAGUGGCGCGCGCUGGUGGUGAUCGACGGGUUCAGCAUGGCGCGUGUGGACUACGACCCCCUCCGCAAGCACUUCUCCAGGUCCAUGCUCCCUGCGCCUCCGCUCCGCCUCUGGGUUGACCGUGCAUAUGUGCUUGCUGUCACUGAGAUGGGCGUGGUUGAGGAUGCGAGGGCAAAGGACGUGCAGCUGACGCCAGUGCAGGCGUUGGUGGGCGGCACGGCAUCAUCACAGCAGAGGCGGCAUCACGUGGUGGGCGUGCUCGCCUAG